AUGGUCUGGAAAGAGAAGGAGCUCAGAACCAAAAAGGAGACCAUCUGCGACGACAACCAUGAUACGGAUUGGCAACCAUCGGCAAAUAAUGUCAGAAUCAAACCUCCAGAAAAAACUUCCUUUGUCGUUGUCGAUAUCAGAGAUAACCGUGGCGCAAUAUUUGUCCAUGAAUCAGCUAGCAACGAAUACGUUGGUGGAAUAGGGAUGGACGAACAAGGAAAUGUGGUGUUAAUUCCCUGGAGCCCGGACUGGCACUACUACACUAUCGGAUCUCUUCGGGUUGGCUAUAUCGAAAGACUCGAUUACUCGUUGAACAUCUUGAGCCGUAAGUCGGUAGACAUCGCCAUGGGCGGCGUGCAGGAGCUAGCUAGGAAACUUAAGUAUAAAGUUAUGGAGAGAUGGUGGAAGUUGUACCUUUUGGAUCAAAAUCCUUAA